CCGGACCUGUCACUGGAAAUUUGAGGUCAACUUUGUCAGUUGGAUUCCAUAUUCCAUCUGUGCUUUCAUUGGCUUGCCUACACGCCACAGCCUCUGAUGUGAGCAUGGCUGGUGCCAAGGACAAUGCCCUGAGGAUCAUGCUGGUCGGGAGGACAGAAAGUGGAAAAAGUGUAACUGCAAACACCAUCCUUGGGGAACAAGUAUUCGACUCUAAGAUUCCUGCCCAAUUUAUUACCAAAAGUUGUCAGGAAGCAUCCCAGAAGUGGAAGGGGAGAGAUCUUCUCAUUAUUGAUAGCCCAGGGCUCUUCUACACAAAGGAGAGCCAGAACGCUAUCUUAAAUGAAAUUAAAAAAUAUCUCUUUACCUCCCACCACGGACUCCAUGCCAUCAUUUUGGUCAUACAGCUGGGCUGCUACACACAGGAAGAGCAGCAAACCGUGGCAUUGAUCAAGAAUCUGUUUGGGGAAGCAGCCAUGAAGUACGUGAUCAUCUUGGUCACUCACAAAGAGGACAAGAGCCUGAGGGACAAUGUGAGGGAGCUGAAAAAGCUACAAAGCCUCAUCAAGGAGUGUGGAGACCGAUACUGUGUCUUCAGUAACAGGACAGACCAGGCUGAGAAGGAAGCUCAGGUGCAGGAGCUGGUGGAGCUGAUAGACAAGAUGGUGCAGAACAACCAAGGGCCUUACUUUACCAACCCUGCACACAAGGGCACGGAGCUGACUUGCCCACACUGUACAGCUAAUGUCCAGUAUAAAACUCUGAGGAUCGUGCUGGUCGGAAAGACCAGAAGUGGGAAAAGUGCGACUGCAAACACCAUCCUCGGGGAAAAGGUCUUCGAGUCUAAGAUUGCUGCCGAAGUUGUUACCAAAACUUGUCAGAAAGCAUCCCGGACAUGGAAAGGGAGAGAGCUUCUUGUCGUUGACACCCCAGGGCUCUUCAACACCAAGGAGAGCCUGAACACAACCUGCAGGGAAAUCUCCCAAUGUGUCCUCACCUCCUGUCCCGGGCCGCAUGCCAUCAUCUUGGUCCUGAGGCUGGGCCGCUACACACAGGAAGAGCAGCAAACCGUGGCAUUGAUCAAGAAUCUGUUUGGGGAAGCAGCCAUGAAGUACAUGAUCAUCUUGUUCACUCACAAAGAGGAGCUGGAGGACCUGAGCCUGAGCAACUUUUUGGAGAACGCCGAUGUAAACCUACAAAGGCUCAUCAAGGAGUGUGGAGAGCGCUGCUGUGCCAUCAGUAACAGCAAAAACACAGACCAGGCUGAGAAGGAGGCUCAGGUGCAGGAGCUGGUGGAGCUGAUAGACAAGAUGGUACAGGACAACCAAGGAGCUUACUUUACCAACCCUGCACACAAGGGCACAGAGCUGACUUGCCCACACUGUACAGCUAAUGUCCAGUAUAAAACUCUGAGGAUAGUGCUGGUCGGGAAGACAGGAAGUGGGAAAAGUGCGACUGCAAACACCAUCCUCGGGGAAAAGGUCUUCGAGUCUAAGAUUGCUGCCGAAGCUGUUACUAAACGUUGUCGGAAAGCAUCCCGGAAAUGGAAGGGGAGAGAACUAAUUGUUGUUGACACCCCAGGGCUCUUCGACACCAAGAAUAGCCUGAACACGACUUGCAGGGAAAUCUGCCGAUGUGUCCUCACCUCCUGUCCCGGGCCUCAUGCCAUCGUCUUGGUCCUGAGGCUGGGCCGCUACACACAGGAAGAGCAGCAAACCGUGGAGCUGGUCAAGGCUUUGUUUGGGGAAGCAGCCAUGAAGUAUAUGAUCAUCUUAUUCACUCGCAAAGAGGAGCUGGAGGACCAGAACCUGAGUGACUUUUUGGAGAAUGCGGAUGUAAACCUACGAAGCCUCAUCAAGGAGUGUGGAGAGCGCUGCUGUGCCAUCAGUAACAGCAAAAACACAGACCAGGCUGAGAACGAAGCUCAGAUGCAGGAACUGGUGGAGCUGAUAGAGAACAUGGUGAAGAACAACCAAGGGACUUACUUUUCUGAUGCCAUAUACAAGAACACAGUGGAAAGACUGAGGAGGCGGGAAGAAGUCUUGAAGGAAAUCUAUCAUGAUCAAUUAAAAACAGAUAUCCAAAAAGUAGAAAUGGAGUGUGCUCAGGCAUGCCAAAAUAGGAUGCAGGAAAAAGAGAGAAAAAUUAAGUUACUAAAGAUGGAAUAUGAAGAAAAACUAAGAAAUGCUAGGGAGGAGGCCCAAAACAGUAUCUUCAGAGAUAAACAAAAUGGCAAUAUGAAUUUUCCUUCAAGAACAAGUAAUUGGUUUAAGAAGUAACUAUUUUCUCACAGUUUACUAUGGUUAGCAAAGCAUCUUUCCAGCUCACUCCCUACCCUCUCCACGUCUGCCUCCCCACCAACAGACAUCAGCUAAUUUAAGAAAUUACAAAAUUGCCAAGUUUGAGUGCUAGCUCAUUACACAUGGUAAAGACUUAAAUGAAAGGAAUUUGAAGGCUGAAAUGCAUCCUGCAUUGAGCCUUACCACUACCUGUGAAACACAGUACACAGGCCCCUUGUGAACAUUGUGUGACUGUCAGCAAAACUUCUGGUCCCCCCAGCAGCAUUGUUCUCUGGUUCGUGAGAGAUGAGAUGAUAAAUAUUUGUUGUUUUUAGCCGCUAAACUUUGGGGUAAUUUGUUACACAGCAGUAGAUAACUAGUACAAGAUGUAUGUUAAUACAUAUAUAUAAAAAUAUGUCUUGAAAUACUGGCCACUUGCUGCUGGGGAAGGGAACUUCAGUUUCUAGGAAUCAGGGGUGGAAGGAAACUUACUUUUUACUAUAAGCUCUUUGAUCUAUUUCAGCAUAUUGUUUAUUCAACAAAUGAACAAAGAUAAUAAAAUUUAUUACAAAUAAUAAAAUUUGUAAUAUUCUCCAACAAACAAUAAUUCCAAAGGGCCAUUUCAAAAACAAUUGUCUUAUUUGUCUCCGCUUUCCUUUUCUAGGUGCUGGCUUAAAGUUCUUCCACCUAUAAAUUCAGAUAGCUCUGUGCCAGAAUGUUCCAUUUCCCCCUGAAGAUCCACUGUCUUCCCUUUUUGGUUCUUUGGCCCUGCCAGGGACCACAUCCUGGGGUGCAAUGUUCUCUGACUCUCUCUUAGACACUACCAGUGAGAAGGCCAACAAAGGAUCUGUGGGAGCCAGAGAAUUAGAUGAGGACAUUUGUCUCCUGGAUCCCUCUCUGCCCAGUCCUAUCUAUCCAGCUGUCACCUCCAACCAAAGGUCCAGCCACAGGCACUGGGGGCUCUCAGGUCUGACCAGUAGAAUACACCUGUAUAGGAGUCCUGUCAUACCUGUAGUGUGGCCAAAACAAAACUUUUGACUGUUUCCAGAGAUCACAGCUUGACCCAAGAGUGAAUUUUAAUUUUCAAAAAUGCCCAAUCUGGUGAUUAGGGUAAAUGGUAAAGUUGUAAGAAGUAGUCAUUAAAUAAAGAGACUAAUUCGCUUUUAGGAUCCUUAAGUCUAAAGUCAAUGCUUCUGGAAAGGUUUCAGUUGAGUUGUGAAAUGUGGAAAGAGGGUUAGAAUAUGUGACUUAGCCCAAAGGGGUGUGAAUUUGAGUGAUGGCAAUAAUUUGACAAUACAAAACAAAGCUUUGUUAAAAUAAAGUAAUUGUUGAGAAUUUA